AUGCGCCAGCUGGUCUUAUGGACAUUGCAAGGUAUAUUCGGCUCUAUCGCAACUUAUCUCCAACCUUCUAACCCAAUUGCUAGCACGCUAUCUCCGGACGACAUCCCAUUUAAGCUGCGAUGUGCCAUGUGCAGCAAGCUGGCGGUCAACGCCUUCCGCUUGCCUUGCUGCGAUCAGUCAAUUUGCGAAUCUUGUCAUGAAUCCCUACCAGACACCUGCCCUGUCUGCACACACAAUCCCCUCACCCCCGAUCUCUGUAAGCCGCAUAAAGCGCUUCGUACCACCCUCAAAGCUUUCUUGCGAACCGCGGAGAAAAAGCGAAAGGACCAACUGGCAGCUGCUCCUCCACCUGCUUCAAUCCCUACACCCGCAGAAGACACCGAACCCCCCACGGAGGCGCCCGUCGAUACUCAAGUUGCAGCAUCUGCAGAACCUGUAGCUCCUGAUGUACAAAAUGAGCCCCCGGUGUCUGAGUUGACGAACUUCGAUGAGAUAAACCCUGUGCAGGAGGGAAUUGAAGGCAACGUUGAGUCAGCAACCAACCCUGCUACUGAGCCGCCCGUGGAAGCUCCUACAGAGUCAAAUGCGCAGUCCGAAAGCAAUACGCCGAAUGAACCUACCCAGCCUUCUAUGCCAGAACAAGAACAACCCAGUACUAACAUGAUGAAUGUGGGCCCUGGUGGCUGGAACGGUAUGGGUUGGAAUGGCAACUUUAACGGCAUGAACCCGUACAUGGGCAAUCCUUUUAAUUUUCAGAAUCAAAUGGGAAUGAACAUGGCUGCUGGUAUGGGCAUGAACAACAUGGGCAACUUCAAUGGACAGGGCAUGUAUGGAUCUGUAGGAUGGGAUGAAUCUCAACUGAGCAUGUGGCCAGGCGCCCAAGAUAAUUUCAAUCCAAAUGCAUUCGCAAAUGGCUCUGGACCUCCAUACGGAGGAGCGUUCGGCGGGUCUAAUAUGUCUUACCAUUCUAACCACGGUUAUCAGUCUGGUAACUACGGAACUGAGUAUGGACGUGGAGGUUAUCGUGGACGCGGACGUGGCUACUACAACGGCGGUCGAGGCGGUUAUGGAGGCCACGUACCGGCGUACUCUUCCCACGCUCCCGAUGGUGGAUAUUCUAACACUCAGGUCCCAAGUACGGAUUUAUCAACAACUGCCAAUACUGAAAUCUCCGUUCAAGCCGGAAAUCCUACGGAUGAAGAAGGUGUACCGACAAGUUCAGACUUGACGGAGGUCGGCAACCAGCAGUUGCAAGUAAUCCCAACGAUUGAUAGCCUAGAUGAGUCCACGGGCCAAGGGCCAUACCAUGGAUACCUGGGUCAGGGUUAUGGACGAGGUGGGUAUGGAGGUAUGGGUGGGUAUCGGAAUGGACAUAUGUCUCAAGCCCAUAUUAACCCUGGAGUGGAAGGUGCUCCUGCCGCACCACGCGCCAUGCGACAAGGCCUACCAAAUACUAGUGUCCUUCGACAGCGUGCGUUCCAGAACAAAUCACGGGCCUCGGCAGGCAUUAAUGGACCCGGACAAUCGACAAACGCGGACUCUGGAACUCCACCAGACUCGACUGGAGCGCGAUCUCCUUCCAAAGCCCCAUCUCUGCCCCAGCGCGCAGAAUCACCACCCCAUUCACCCUCACAGGCCGCAACCCCCCGACCUCAAUCACCAGCUCCCCAAAAUAUAGCGACUAAUUAUGAUAUCCGAGAUCAUCGUGAUGAAGAAGCGGCGCGGAUUGAUGGUCACCUCUCUCGCUCUCGCUCUCGUUCUCGAUCUCGCUCUGCAUCUCAAGCUUCUUCGCGUCGAAAAUCUUACCGAGAUAGUGAUAUAACUCGCCGCAAGGACAGGGACCGCCACAGUGACCGUCGUGAUAAUCGGUCUGAACGCUAUCGGCCUCAGGGCGGUAGUCGCAGCAAGAGCCCAUCUCGAGCUAGUGAACUUCGCCGGUCUGAUCGCCAGAUUCUGGAUGAGAACCGGCGUAAUGGCCACAAAAGAGCAUCCCCAGAAGCCGUUGAGCGUGAUUCAGGUCGAGGCGGCAGAAGCCGUCGAAUAAGUCGCGACCGAUCUGUGCGUCGUGACGAAAAUCGGGAACGCACUCGAGCCCGAGAGAGUGACCGAUACACUCGCGAUCGCCGUGACCGAGAUCGAGGUGAUCGAGAUCGAGAUCGUCCCUCAGAGCGAGACCGCCGUAAGGAUCGAGGUAGAGAUCGCGAGCAUGGUCGUGACCGUCGCGAGCGAGACCGAGGCAGAAGAGACGAUAAAGAUCGCAAGCGAUCCCGACGUGAUCGUUCCGAGUCGCCCAAUGGCGGUGAUCGUUCCCGGGCCCGACGUAUCAAGCGCAGCGAUUCCAUUGACCGGGAUGGUUUAAAGACUGUUCCCUCGGAGACUGCGCCUGCUCCCGAGAAAGACCCAAUCACCUUGGAACGUGAGGCACGCAACAACGAACGUAUGGCGCGCGAAAAACAGCGCCGCCAACAGAUAUCGAACCAUGGUCGCCACUAUUAA